GAGUAAUCAGACGCCUCACAGAGCGGCAGGCAAACCCGGGCUGGCAGAGCGGCUCGGCAAUUCUCCACUUCAGUGCUGGGAGGCCAACCCUUCACAGACCUCACCCAGCCCCGCCGCCUUGCCAUCUGUCGAUCAGUGCUGCCCUGGUAGCUCGAUAUGCGGAGCGCGGCUGGGUUGCUGCUGCGCUACUCUGCGCUGCUCGGCCAGCAAGCUGCCACAACGCCAGCAGCAGUGCAGGCUACGCAGGCGGUGGCAUGCGCAGGCAGCCGACGGUGGUUUGCUACCAACAGCCACGACAUCUUCAACACGCACCGCCACGAGGCACACAACAACUGGGACACCGAGUUUGACUUCACAGACGCCAACUACGAGAAGGCCGCCGAGAUCAUCUCUCGCUACCCGACCAACUACAAGGCCUCUGCCGUCAUCCCGCUGCUGGACCUGGCGCAGCAGCAGAACGACGGGUGGCUGAGCCUGGCGGCCAUGAACCGCGUGGCCAAGGUGCUGGACAUGCCCGAGAUCCGGGUGUACGAGGUGGCCACCUUCUACACGAUGUUCAACCGCAGCAAGAUGGGCAAGUACCACGUCAUGGUGUGCGGCACCACGCCCUGCAUGCUGCAGGGCGCCAAGGGCAUCUACAAGGCGCUCAAGGAGCACCUGGGCAUCGACUACGGCCAGACCACGCCGGACGGCAUGUUCACGCUGGGCGAGAUGGAGUGCAUGGGCGCGUGCGUCAACGCGCCCAUGAUUGCGGUGGCCGACUACACCAAGGGCGUGGAGGGCUUCUCGUACAACUACUACGAGGACCUGACCCCCGCUGACACGCUGGCCAUCAUCGACACGCUGAAGAAGGGGGGCAAGCCAAAGGUUGGCUCCCAGCACCGCAGCAAGGCUGAGCCCGCGGGCGCGGUGGUGGGCGACAAGUGGGUGCCCAGCAAGCCAGCGCCGGAGCAGAUGACGCUGAUGGGCGAACCCCCGGGCCCCUACUGCCGCAACCUUGACGAGGAGCCGGCGCAGCAGGCGGCGGCCCCCAAGUGACAUGGCACCCUAGUGCCACCCGCCGGCCCCGCAUUAUUUGCUGGCGGACGUGUACUCGCCCUGGGCAGAAGCGGCGUUAAAUGUCUUGCACUGCCACCAAUGACGCUGCCGCGGUGGCUCCCAGGAGCCGCCAGGCCUCUGUAAGCUCUUUUCCCUCGCUCUCCUCCCUCAUUGCUGUCAUGCCCUGAAGGCGCACAACAGUGUAAUCACUGCCGUAG